GCCUGCCGCCACCGCUGCGCCAAAUCAAUCAACCAACUCUGAUUCAUCCGCCUUUCGAUGUCUCCUUCCUCUUGGCUUCUUCCUUCUUACCUCCACCGAGACCGCAUCCACCUGGUCGUGCCUUUCCCCCAACGAAAUCCCCCUCUCCCGAGUCCCGACUCACCUGAUUAUUACUUCUGGGUUUCUUGAUAUGGAGCAGCUCGCCGCUUGCGCCCCGCCGCCGGCGAUGGCGCCGGUUGCCGUUGCUUGGUCCGUCGUCCCAGUGGACUUCACGGUCGUCAAGAAGGGGCCCGAGAUGGCGAUGCACGACGCGACCGGCGGCCUCGCGUUCCGCGUCGCGGGCGGCGGCGCCGGUGGCACGGCUCUCUUCGACGCCGCAGGGGGUGUUCUGGUCACCAUCAGGACCAGCGGCCAGGGCGAGUGGCAAGCAUUCAGUGGAAGCAGUUUGGAACAGAGACACAUCAUUUUCAGUGCAAAAGUUAUAUCUACUUCUUCAAGUCGAAAGGAGGUACAUGUAUUCAUCCCACCAAGAAGCAGUUUUGAAGAUCCAAAACCAAGCUAUAGGCUCUUAGGAAGUACAUUCCGAAGAGCAUGCACUAUAAUAAAGGGGGACUCCAUCGUUGCUCAGACAAAUCUCUUGUAUAAACUCAAGAAGACCAUAUAUUCACGGCGUAAGUUCAGAGUGACUAUAUACCCUGGAAAUGAUAACAUCCUCGUCAUGGCAAUGAUUAUGACCUUCUUUGUAGAAAAAUGACUUUAGAUAUAAAUGCGUACUGUGGCUUGAGAAAACUGACGACCAACUCUGCCACCCAUAAAUCACAUUCAUGUAUAGUUUCUCUGAUUCUGGAUGAUUUAUUUCUUUUCAAUUUUUAUGUCACCCGCCAUAUGCUCUUACACUAACUGCUUUAACCAUUUCUUUUCAAUUUUUAUGUCACCCACCAUAGUUUAAAUGUGUAGUUUUCUGUUUCUGUUUGGCUAGCUAUUGCUAAGUAACAAUGAUGUGGCACUUUGACUA